CACUGCAAUUUAUGAUAUUCGAUAAUAACAUUUUUAAAACACAAUAUCACUACAGCCAUAAUGGAUCAUUCCUAUUCAGAAAGUGACGUCUCCUUAUCACCUACACAAGUUUUAGAGAAACUUGAAAUGUUACGACACUUGCAAACUAUACAACGCGGGAAACUUCUUAAACAGCGCUUAGACUAUCAAAACUCGACUGAAAUUUCUUCGAGUAUCACUGAAAUCGUAAGUCAUUUUAGCAACAGUACUACUUAUAAUACGUUUAGAAGUUUACUUCAGUCCUCUCACGAUACCUCGCGCGAAGUCACUCCUCGAGAAAAAUUUUCUCCUCUUCCUGAAGUUGUCAAGGUUCGCCUUAACACUGAUUUACAAGACAAAAAGGAUCAAUAUCCUACUAUGGAUGGGGUCUCGGCGCUUAAUUUAUCCCAAGAAUCUGAAUUUAUACAUAAUUCACCAAUUUCAAGUCGCAGUACCACAUCCAUGCCAUCGAAAACUACUGGAUCACAGGAAAAUCUAAAUAAUAGUAUAAAUAAGAAACAAAUAUCCUUGGAUGAGAUGCCUAUACUAUCUCCUAAGAAAAACUUUGAAGAAUUAAUAGUUGAAAAGCUAAAAAAUGAGCAGCCUGUGUCAAAGCCAAGCCAGAAAAUAGCACCAUCACAAAAGAAACAAUUUUUAAAGAGAGGUGAAGGAAUGGCCCGUUUUGGACUCCGUAAAAAUGACUUAAUUAUACAAAAUACUAAAUCUUUACCAUGGAGGAGAAAGACAGAAACUAUUAAACCUAUUUUAAAACCUAUGCCUGAGAAAAUUUCAAGGAAUAGUAAAGAAGUUGGUAAAAAAGUGAAUGUUGAAAUUAUAGUCCCUGAACAAAAUAAAACUAAUCCGAAUAUGCUUAGCAAGACUACACCAAAAACAGAAACAAACAUACAAAAUUCUGAUGCCAAGAAUGAGACGUCAACGCAUAGCACUGGCUUGAUAAUUAAAAAUAAAGACUGUGCUACCACUUCAAAUGAUAUGUCAAACAGUGACUUUAAGAAAAGAACAUUUUUGAAUUCAAAAGAAAACCAUCCGAUAUUGUCUCAAAAAGGUAAAACAUGGCAAGCAGUACUUACAAAAGAGCAAGAUGAUUUUCUCAGGCAAUUAAAACAAAGUGAUUAUUAUAAAAACUUUGCCUCACCAUCAAAAAGCAUUGAUUCUGAUGUCAGCUGUUGUGAGAGUAUUUCAAUAGCGCAAAACUCUAAAGAAAUUGCUGAACAGAAUUUGUUUGAUUUAAUUGAAAAUAAAGUCUCACAUGACAGUUUUAAUAUUGAUAACUCAUUCUUUAAUCGUUUUCUAAGAAAAAAUAAACUAGAAUAUUCAGGGGAAAGCACACCACUAAUAAUGCAGAAGUGUUUAUCGGAAAACCCAAAUUUAAUGAGAAUUGCUCCAGAUAUUGUAAAAAAGAACAGAAAUGCAAUAUCAUAUAGUGAGGAUGAGACAUGUCUGAGUGAAUGUACAGAUUGUAGUGAAAAUUGUUGUUCUGAAUGUACAUGUUGUUCAUGCAAAACUACAUCUCAAAUAAACGAGGAUCAUAAAAACAACAAUCAAAAAGUUUUAAUGCGCAAUCAAAUAGCCAGGAACCAAAAUGAAAAUAAAAGUAGUAAAAAUGAUUGUCAUGAUGACACCAUAAUUGCAAAGGACACUGACACAAUUAAUGCAAAUAUGGCAGAAAUGAAUGCCAAAUUAGUUGCAACAAGUGAUUUAUUAAAAGAUAGACUUCGUGAAUUGGAAGAUGAAAUUGAAACUUUUAGAAAAGAAAAUGCCAGUAUUAAUAAAAUGAGAGAAGAAAUUGAUUUAGAGCGCCAAAAGUUUUAUGAAGAAAAAGCUGCUUUUGAGCAAAAGUUUAAUGAAGAAAAAGUUCUUUCUGAAUAUUAUUUAGCAGAGGAAAAGGAAAAACUUACCAAACAAAAACAAAUGUAUGAACGUUAUGUUAGGGAAAUGAGAGGAAAGCUGAAUAAAAAAGAAAAAGAUGAAGUAACGAACUUAAAAACUGAAAUAAGUAAUUUAAAGGAAGAGAUAAGAGUUAAAGACGCUAAAUCAACUUCUGUUAUAGCUAGAUUACGUAAUCAGCUUAAGCUAAUGGAAAAAGAUAAAAAAGCAUUGGAGGAUGAAAUAGAAAAAUUAAAAAAGGAAAAUAAAAGGAUACAGCAUAGUAAUGAAAUAACAAGAAGAUUAACAAAUCUUAAGUAUUUAGAGCAAAUCAACAAAAAACUUUCAAACAUGGCCUCUAGAGAGACAAGAUCUGAUGUAGAAUUAGAUCCUAAUGUAAAAUAUAAAACAUUUGAAAUUGAGUGCCAAAAGCAAAACAAACCAAAAGGAAUAAGAACGCGAGCGAAAAGUGUACCCAAUUUAAAUGUAACUUCAAAGUAUGCUAAAUAUUUCAGUCAAAAAGAUUCAAUAAGUGAUAAAGAGAAAGGAUCAGUAGUUGAAACCCAUUCUUACAGCUCUGAUGAAGAUCGUAACAAUGAAUCUUUGGAAAAUUUAGAUAAGAGUUAUAAUGAAUGUGAGAAUAACUUGGAGACUGAAGAUAAUUAUUUAGAAAAAAUGUACAAUGAAAGAUUUAAAACAAUAUCGCCACCCAGUAAUAGAUCUAGCGGCUCAAAUGUGAUAGACGCUUCUGAUAAUGGGAGCGUUAAUGAAGACACAAAUGGUUUCUUCAUACAGAAAUCACACUAUGUGUCUUCUAGAACACAAUCUAUAUCACCUCAAGAUUCCAUGUCCAAUCCAAAAACUGCUUCAAUUUUAAGUCAAAGGUCCAAUUCAAAACCACUUUCUGUAAUCAAUGAUAAGAAAAGCUAUGUUUCUAAUCCCCAAAAUGUCACAAUCUCAAGAAAUAAAUCUCCAAUAUCUAUACUAAGUAACCAUUCAUCUAGUAGCCAAAGACCAGCUACUGUUAUUUACAAGGAUACUUCAUAUAGUGAUGACAGAAUGAUACCUAGUCCUGAACCUACUAUUAGUAAGACAAGUCUAACAAAAACAAGCUUAAAUCCUGUAGAAACUAAGAAAUCGGAUGGAUCGAGAGAAUUAAGAUUUCCAAAUGGCAAUAUUAAAAUAAUUUCUGCAGAUGGAAAAUACAGUAAAUUUACAUAUUAUAAUGGAGACAUAAAAGAAAACUUCUAUAAUGAGGGUAGAGUUAAAUACUAUUAUGCAGAAUCUAAAACAUAUCACACAACACAUCCUGAUGGAUUAGAAGUACUCGAGUUUCCAGAUGGCCAAGUUGAAAAGCGUUACAGCGAUGGGUCGUCCGAAAUUCGUCUGCCCAAUGGCAGUAUUAGGUACUUUGAUCCUAAAAAUGAAUCAGUUCGAGAAGAUUGGCGAUUUCCUGAUGGGACUGCACUCACGGUGUCGGCUAAUGGUGAAAAACGUAUUAUAUUUCCUAAUGGACAGAUUGAAGUCCAUGCUAAAGAUCAUAAGCGCCGUGAGUUCCCUGACGGCACGGUGAAGUUAGUCUAUAAUGACGGUACAUCAGAAACGCGAUAUGCGUCGGGAAGAAUCAGAGUAAAGGAUAAGCAUGGAAAUCUUAUCAUGGAUUCUGCAUCCAGGGUCCACAUGCAAAAUCACUAAAAGCCCACUAGCAUUUAAAAUGUAUCAUUAUUCCUAAGUUGACCAUACAUUGAUAGCAGGCUAUCUUUGCCAUUACAUUCAUGACUUUCACUGUUAUAUUGAGGCACUAGGAGUAAAUUAAAUUGUAUUGUUUAAAUUUUUUUAAGGUUGUUUAUAUUUACUUUAUAUUGCCUAGUGUAUAAGUAAUUAUAAUAUAUUUAUCAAUUCCACUUUGUAAUUCAUUCAUGGGUGUAGCCAGAGGUUGUAAAGUUUAUAGUUAAAAUAUUCAAAGUAUAGGUGUUUUUAUUUAGCCUACUGUUCCAUAGCUUUAUAAAAACUGCCACAUUUCAUUGUUUUCUCUAUCUCUGUUCUCUGUAUCUGUUUUCUAUUUCUUAAUAUAUUUGUUCAAAUUCUUUCUUUCAUGAACUAAAUCCCAAAAAGGAAUAUCUGACUAUGCCUGUGAAUUCAUUCAUUUAUUUAUGUUUUAAGAAGUAAAAAAUGUUGAUUAUUAUGUAUUAAACUUUAUUUUUAAAUCAUA